AUGGGAAAUCGACAACCUCGUUAUCCAUCCGGCGGUCUUGCCGGUUACGGUGAACCAUAUGAUCCAAACUAUGGAAUGGGCACUUAUGGAGGCGCUUAUGAUCCGUAUCCUAGUUAUGGUGGUUAUCCCACUGGUAGAUAUUCAUCACCAUACAUGACAACAACAGCUCCUUUUCCUAGAGGUCACAUGGGACAGAUGCCCGGAGUAGGUCUUCCUUAUGGUGGUGGUCUUCCUCUCGGUGGUGGUCUUCCUUUCGGCGGUGGUCUUCCUCCUAAAGUUCGUGUAAUUUUUAUUCCUCAAGGUGGAGUUUCUGCCCCUCCACCAAUGCCAAUGCCAAUGCCAAUUUGUGCACCAAUGCCUGCACCAAUGCCUAUGCCAAUGCCAAUGCCAAUGCCAAUGCCAAUGCCAAUGCCAAUGCCAAUGCCAAUGCCUAUGCCAAUGCCAAUGGCUCCACCAAUGUGUGCACCAAUGCCUGCACCAAUGCCUAUGCCAAUGCCUAUGCCAAUGCCAAUGGCUCCACCAAUGUGUGCACCAAUGCCUGCACCAAUGCCUAUGCCAAUGCCAAUGCCAAUGGCUCCACCAAUGCCUAUGCCAAUGCCAAUGGCUCCACCAAUGCCUAUGCCAAUGCCAAUGCCUGCACCAAUGCCAAUGGCUCCACCAAUGUGUGCACCUAUGCCAAUGGGUGGCUUUGGUGGCGGUCUUGCCAACUACGGUGGUGGUGCUUCAUUUGGUGGUGGUAUGCCAUUUGGCGGUGGUGCUUCAUUUGGUGGUGGUAUGCCAUUUGGUGGUGGUGCCUCAUUUGGUGGUGGCAUGCCAUUUGGCGGUGGUGCUUCAUUUGGUGGUGGUAUGCCAUUUGGUGGUGGUGCCUCAUUUGGUGGUGGCAUGCCAUUUGGCGGUGGUGCUUCAUUUGGGGGUGGUCUUCCUGCUGGUGGGUUUAGCGGUGCCUUGGCUGGUGGAUUUGCUGGUAUGCCAUCAUUUGGUGCCGGAUUCGGUGGAUCAUCAUUUGGAGGUGGACUCCCAGCUAACUGUCCAAUUACUGGCGCUCCCAUGGGUAUGAUGCGCUCAUUACAAGCAGUUGGUGCACCAAUGAUGCAACCUUACCAACAAUUACAAGCAGCACCCAUACCACAAGCAAUGCCUCAACCAGUACCUCAACCCGUUCCUGUUCCUGUUCCAGUUCCAGUUCCAGUUCCAGUUCCAGUUCCUCAGCCAUAUCCUGUGCCUGUGCCUGUUCCUCAACCAGUACCUGUUCCUCAACCAUUUCCUGUUCCUGUUCCUGUACCCCAACCAGUUCCUGUACAACAGCCAAUGCCUCAACAACAAUUUUUUUCACCUUCACCACCAGUGUUUCAAUCUGGUACCAGUCUUGCUCCUUACGAACAACAUUUACACGUUCCACAAAUGCCGGCUCAAUUUCCACAGCCACAAAUGCCGGUUCAAUUUCCACAGCCACAACAAAUCGGUGGAUUUCAACAAGCUCAGUUUCCCACACCAGGUGCUGGUGGUCGCAUGAUUUGCUGUUGCUUUCCAGCUCCACAAUAA